AGCAGAAUCUUAGCAGAGUUCGCUGACAACAGAAGAGAAGACUGGACUUGCAUGACAGCAUGCUCCGUCCUCAGCCAACCAGCCUUUUUGCUCUUUUCAUCAUUACAUAUGCCCUGGGCCAAGAGCUUCCUUUCAAGCCUGGCUGCACGAAAGAACAGCUGAAUGACUGCGGCUCGGAUUUCCUCAUCUACAGCAACGUCACGCGGCUCCCCGAGAGUGGACAAGAAUUCCUCAACAAUUGCGAGUACCUGUCUAAUCAGCUGUCAUGUGCCCUAAAAUUCUCGAAAGACUGCCUGGAGGGCCUUCCAAGAGUGGCUGCCCUGCUAAGCUUGACAGGUAUGGAAGAACAAUACGAAGCCGUCUGCACUGAAGGUACCGAGCACAACGAACUGUACACCAAAGGCAUCGGAUGCAUGAAUGAAGCUGGCGACCAGUUGCACCGCUGCAUGGUCACCAUGCGCGACGACAUGGAGACCGGUCUGGUGGCUGCGCCACGAAAGCAGAUCAUUCAUUACUCCUGUUGUGCGUUCCACAAGACCCAGGACUGCUUCGACGAUGCCCUGGCUCAGUGUCCCAACACUGCCGCAAAGGAAUUCAUGGACGACGUCAUGGAAAAGGUCUUCGGGGAAGUCUUGGGACUCGUGUGUGGCCAGUACUCGAGGGGCUCGACAGCCUGCAAGGAGCUGCCAGUAUUGACGCCACCAGAUUCCGAAAACUUUGGCAACAUGGACCUCUUCGAGCUAGCCAUACAAAACGCGGCCAUCCUAGGCUCAAGGGGCAGUUCGUAGUCGUGGCUUGAAAUAAAGCUUUCAGCGCAA